AUGCGUUCUCAGAUUUUGCACGGUUUCCUGUUUCUGUCGGCUACGACUGCUCUUGCAACUCCAAAGCAAGUACGGGGAAACCUUAAUGUCGAGAAAUUUGAUAAGCGCGAUCCCAGCUACAACCCCGCUGCUCUAGUGAAGGAGGUUUCAGUUGACCAGGCUAUCAAGCGCGAUCCCAGUUACAAUCCAGCUGCUCUAGUAAAGGAGGUUGCGGUCGACCAGGCCAUCAAGCGCGACCCCAGCUACAACCCCGCUGCUCUGGUGAAGGAGGUUGCGGUCGACCAGGCCAUCAAGCGCGACCCCAGCUACAACCCCGCUGCUCUAGUGAAGGAGGUUUCAGUUGACCAGGCUAUCAAGCGCGACCCCAGUUACAAUCCAGCUGCUCUAGUAAAGGAGGUUGCGGUCGACCAGGCCGUCAAGCGCGACCCCAGCUACAACCCCGCUGCUCUGGUGAAGGAGGUGACCGUAGAGUAG